UGUUAGGUUCAUUUAAAUAUUUUUGAAAUUAAAAAAGAACAAACAUUUAAAAAACAUUUUUUUUAAACUAGGCAAGUCAGUUUUUUAAGAACAAAUUCUUAUUUACAAUCACGGUCAAACCCGGAUGACGCUGGACAAUUGACUGGGGUCUUUUCAUCCCUCCUGCCCAUCAUAAUCGUACUCCGUCCAGGAGUGGACAUCACUCAUCCUUCUAGCCAGCAGGUACACGGACAGUUCAUAUAUGGGCAUGGUAGUUUUUGUGGUUUUGAGGUGACGACUCACUGAAUGGGAGCAAGUGCUGGACAGAGUCUGACCUUAGGAUACAACAGGAGAAGAGCAGAGCAGCAGUGCAUCGAUGGCCCACCCAACCCCUCAACAGGUUUGCUGUGAGGUUCGAGAAGAAGUUAGGAGGAGAAAGUGAACUGUACUAGAUGCCAUGAUGGAGGACGACCAGCUGCCUACACCUUCUCCCUUGCUGGACCUAGAACACUGUCCCGGAGCCUCUUCAGUAACGAACCAUGCAGAGUUCCUGGGUGUCAACCAGAUUCAGGUGGUGGUGAGCCGGAGCCCAACCCCCCAGGUCACGGAGGAGACCUACUUUAUCCCCCGUAACCCGGUGGUGGAUGCGGGCACCAACACCGACCCCCCGGUCAUCUGCUGUGGCAGGCUCCGCCGGGCAUGCCCCUGCCCGCCCCGAGGCCUCCUGGCCUCCCUCAUCACCAAGGUCCUCAUUGCAUUAGUGCUGUUUGGCGUGGUGUGGUCCAUCACAGAGAAGGAGUGUCUGCCGGGGGGGAACCUGUUCGGCAUCACCGUGCUCUUCAUCUGCUCUGUCACCGGGGGCAAACUGGUGGGCCUCAUACGGCUUCCCAAACUGCCUCCCUUUCCCCCGCUCCUGGGUAUGCUAUUGUCGGGCUUCCUGCUGCGUAAUAUCCCCGUGGUAACGGAUGCCGUGUACAUCAACUACCGAUGGUCCUCCUCCCUGAGGAACAUUGCCCUUGCUGUCAUCCUGGCCCGAGCAGGCCUGGGAUUGGACGCCUCGGCUCUGAAGAAGCUGAGUAUGGUGUGUAUACGUGUGGGAAUGGGACCCUGCAUCAUCGAGGCCUGCACCGUCGCCAUCGCCUCCCACUUCCUCAUGGGCCUGCCCUGGAUCUGGGGAUUCAUCCUAGGAUUUGUGCUGGGAGCCGUGUCCCCGGCCGUGGUGGUUCCCUCCAUGCUGCUGCUGCAGAAGGAUGGCUACGGCUUGGAGCAGGGCAUCCCUACCCUCCUCAUGGCUGCCGGCAGCUUCGACGACAUCCUGGCAAUCACCGGCUUCACCACCUGCAUGGGCAUGGCCUUCGCCACCGGCUCCAUGUGGUACAACCUGCUCAGAGGUAUACUGGAGGUGGGAGGGGGAAUGGUAGCUGGGGUCCUGCUGGGAUUUCUGUUGCGUUACUUUCCCAGCAAAGACCAGGACAAUGUAGUGAAGAAGCGCUCAUUCCUGUUACUGGGCCUGUCGGUGUUUGCCGUGUUCGGCAGCAACGUGGCCGGCUUCCCCGGCUCGGGGGGCCUCUGUACCCUGGUCCUCGCCUUCCUGGCCAGCCUGGGCUGGAGAAGGUCAAAGGUCCCUGUGGAGGACAUAGUGGGUAUUGCCUGGGAGGUGUUUCAGCCACUGCUCUUCGGCUUGAUCGGGGCCGAGAUCCAGAUCUCAGAGCUGGACAAAAACACUGUCGGCCUGGGCAUAGGCUCUCUGGCCAUUGGUCUGCUGGUGCGUGUUCUCUUCACCUUCGUCUGUGUGCUGUGUGCCGGCUUCAACUUCAAAGAGAAGCUCUUCAUCGCUCUGGCCUGGCUACCCAAAGCCACUGUACAGGCGGCCAUCGGCUCCACAGCGCUGGACAUGGCCCGCACCAAGGAGGAUAAGGAGCUGGAGAAGUACGGCAUGGACGUGCUGACAGUGGCCGUGCUCUCCAUCCUGCUCACUGCCCCCAUAGGGGCCCUGGUCAUAGGGCUCACAGGACCUCGCCUGCUGCAGAAACCAAAGAACGCUGCCUGGGAGCGGGAGCAAAGCGGAACUAUAACCGAGACCCCAAUCACCUACGAGAGUACCCUCUGAUGGCGGGAACCAGGAAGUACACUUCACCAAGGAGGAAAUGACGUGGAUGGAUCGUAGGGAAAUGGGGGCACUUCAAGCGUGCAUCUAAAAUGGCACCGUAUUCUCUUUAAAGUGCUGUACUGUUUAGAGAAUAUGGUUCCUAUUUCAGACUCUGGUGACACCCAGGAUGAUGCCUUUCGGACAGUGGGGUCUCAUCUGUGUGUUUGACAUCCUGCAGCGUUUAUUUAUAUCUCCCCGAGGGUAGUUUCCAGGCCUCGAACUACAGCUGCCACUCAACCAACAAUCCACUAUAUCCAAGCAUUAUGUACUAUACUGAAAAUUCAGUAAUGCUACUAUGAAAAUGAUACCCUAUCAUUUAAAAGUGGUUCGAUGAGCUGAGCCACUAGAAUUGAAUGUUUUUGACAUUGACUAUCAGGCAUAUUGUGUGUUCAUUAUCAUACAGUCAUAAACUGUAUGUACGCCUUCACAGCAUUUAUUUUUGUCCUUAGGCCUUACGCAUCAAUUAUUUACCAGCUGCUGAUGUUGUAUUCUGUGUGAAUGUAAUGUAUUUAUGAGAAGGUUGUUGUACUAGCUUGUUGUGCAGUUUGAUUCAAAGAAAAUAUUAUAUUUUGCUUUGGACUGUUGUUGCUUGCUAGACUCCGGACGAAGGCAAGAAAGUUUUAUUUAUUGUAUGUUACCAUUUAAGCAAUAUUCAAAUCAUGUUGUGCACUAAAUGUGACUGAAUGGCACAAAAAACAUUAAUAAUAUGGACCCCUAGCUAAGAUCUAUUUAUGACGGGGGUCUUUCAUGCAAAAUCAGUGUGGCUCAGAUAAUAGCGUCACAUUCAGAGCAAUAUACUGUAGAAAUCUGUUUUUAAGAAAAGACUGCCAAACAGUCAGUUUAUUUGUUCUGUUCAUUUUAUCGUGUUUUUAUUAUUCAGUAGUUAUGAUUUUGAUUCCAUAGAGCUAAUUGUGCAGUUGAUUUAGAGAUACUUUUGUUACGUUUGUAUGGACUCUUGAAAGGGUCCCUUUUAGGUUUUUCAGUAGUAAUUUGUAAUAUAUCAUACCAUUGAAGAGUCUUGUUUAAACUUUUGAAAAUUGAACUGUUAAAUUGUAAAACAAAAAAUGUGUUUUCUGAGAUCAAAGCACAUUUUCUGUUAAAACAAUUCCAUUUGCUCCAGAUUAUGUAUAUGCUGUAGGUCUAGCUCAACUGGACUAUUAUACCUGGAAAUGAUUUGAUAUUGAUAGAAAAUGUCAACACUGGCCCUUUAACGAAAGUGGUAGUCUUUUGACACUAAGAACACAUUAAGGACACCUUCCUAAUAUUGAGUUGCAUCCCUUUUGCCCUCAGAACAGCUUCAAUUUGUCCGGGUAUGGACUCUACAAGGUGUCGGAAGUGUUCCACAGGGAUGCUGGCCCAUGUUGACUCCAAUACUUCCUACAGUUGGCUGGAUGUACUUUGGGUGGUGGACACACGGAGAAACUGUUCAGCGUGAAAAAACCCAUCAGCUUAGCAGUUCUUGACCCAAACCGGUGCCAUACGAUUUUCAAAGGCAAUUCAAUAUUUUACUUUCCCCAUUCACCCUCUGAAGGGCGCAUUCAGAAAGUAUUCAGACCCUUUUACAUCAGUAUUCAGACCCUUUUCUAUGAGGCUUGAAAUUGAGCUAAGGUGCAUCCUGUUUCCAUUGAUCAUCCUUG